CCUGACUGUGUGCUGUUUGUCUGUGUGCAGCUCUAUUUUUAGCCGUGCUGUACAGUUUCUGCUUCAGCUCAAGCGGUCAGCGGUCAGUGUCAGCGUGACCGAGGAAAAGAUGGAUCCCGUGGAAGUGUUUGCAGCCGGGGAGAAAGGCCGUGGCCUCCGAGUCACUAAAGAGAUGUCAGCCGGAGAAGUUGUGUUUGCUGAGGCCAGCUUCGCUGCGGUGGUGUUGGACAGUCUCUCUCUGCAGGUGUGUCACAGCUGUUUCCGCCGGAAGGUGAACCCUCACCGCUGCGCUCAGUGCAAGUUUGCCCACUACUGUGACCGGACGUGCCAGCGCGCCGCAUGGGACGAACACAAGCAGGAGUGUUCUGCCAUUAAACAGAUAGGAAAGGCUCCCAAUGAGAACGUGCGGUGAGUCACGUGAUCUCAG